AUGCUCGGCGGACUGGCAACUGGUCUUCGUCUAGGAAAGAUACUGGACAGACUGCACAACAACGCCCACACAAUCUUCGGAACAGUCAUCGUGGUCCUCAUGCUCCUCCAGCCGUUUCUUGGUGCCAUCCAUCACUGGAUGUAUAUCCGGAGGAAGACGCGCACGGCUCUGGCCCCUGUGCAUGUUUGGUUGGGCCGAAUUCUGAUCAUCCUUGGCAUGGUGAAUGGUGGGCUAGGGCUUCGGCUUGCGGAUAAUACUCAUGGUGGGAAGAUUGCAUAUGGGGUUGUUGCUGGAGUGUGUGGUGCCAUGUACUUGGUUUGGGUUAUCUAUCGUCUCAAGCGGACAGGAAAGGAGAGCAAGGAGGUUGGGAAUGUAGAACUGCAGGGGACGGUGGAUUAG